AUGGCACGAAAUUCAAUGCUGAAUAGCGAUGAAAUAUCCGCUAUUAUAAAUGAUGAACUGAAUGAGGACAAUUUUGAGGGCGAUUCUGCCAGCGAAACCGAAGACUUCGUCGAGGAAGAUUGUGUCCAAGACGAUGAAAAUUAUGAGCCUUCGGACUCUGAAGAUGAUCUUCCAGCAGAUCCACAAGUCACAGCACAGGUGCUUGCCUCCAGCUCGCCCACAAAUCAGCUUCUUGCAGAACCUUGGCUAAAAGUAAGACUGGCAGUUACAACCAUGCCUAGACACGUAAUUGACAAUAUCCAUAGUGUUCUACAGUUCCAACAAUCCCGAACUUUGACUAAUUCAAGAGCUGGCCCUGAACCUGAAGUACCUGGUACAUCAUCAGAUAUUGAACCUGGUAACCCUGAAGUAGCUUCGACAUCUACGGCAACAGAAGCGCGUAAGAGGAAAACGUGUAGUCAAUGUCAUUAUAAAAAAAAGCGUAUGACAAAAACGAUAUGUGCCACUUGUAAGAAACCGAUUUGUGGUGAACAUAAGGUUGAUUUAUGCAUUACUUGUGCCAAAGAUAAA